GUUGUGAACCUUUUAAAGAAAGAAAAAAAUGGUGAUUUUACUCAACCAGCAAAAUGCAGUCCUGAGUUAUAUCCGGACCUUUAAUUUUGGUCACUUUAGAGCAAUGUUGGAUGUACGUAAAUGUUACACAAGGCUAUUUCAAAACCAUUAAAAAAUCAACCCUUAAUCCAAAACCAAAAGUCGCCUAGGUAGUUCACUUCAUUUAAGCGGUCAGGCUAUCCUCACUGUUCUGUCAUGUCAAAGAGUUUUUGCUUCUUGCCAACUUCAGAGAUGGUGCUAGUUGUUCUUCAAGGCAGACAAACAACCUCCCUGUGCCGAUCUCUGUUUGUAAACAUAAAUGAUUCAGGAUUUUUAAAUUGGGGAAAUAUUCAAGGCAGAUAUGUCGGCAGACGAGCAAAAUAAAAUUUUCAACGAGGCCUACAGUGGAAACUUUGAAUAUGUCAAAAUGAAAAUAGAAGAGGACCCAGCCCUUACGACAAAACUUGACUCUAAUGGGAGACACUUACUGCAUUGGAGUGUUCUGAGUGGAAAGUUGGAACUUGUCCAGUACUUACUUGAUAAAGGAAGUCCUGUCAAUCACCCAGAUGAUAUUGGCAUGACACCUUUGAUACUUGGUGCGUCAGCAGGAAAAGUGCAAGUCUGUCAUUUGCUGAUAUCAAAAGGAGCGACAAUAAAUGCCAAAAGCGACGAAGGACAUUCCGCUCUGCAAUACGCCGCUUCCAAAGGCUGGAAUGAUAUUGUCAAAAUGCUAUUAAUUAACCACGCCGACAUAAAUAUCGCGGAUAAAAGAGGUGCUCGUCCUGUCCACAGAGCGGCUUCACAAGGAAAAACCGCUGUGCUUAAAAUCCUUCUUGAUUUCGGGAACCAAAUACAAAUAGAUGCUACCGAUGUGUAUGGGAACACAGCUCUGCAUUUGAGCUGCGAAGAAAAUAGGGAAGAGGAAUCCAAACUGCUGGUAAUGCACGGUGCCAAACUCGACAUUAAGAAUAAAGAAGGACAUACGCCACUUGACCUAGCGCCGUUACAGCUUGCAAAAACCCUUCGUAACAUUUCUUCAAGAUCAUGAUGCUGUUUUAUCCCAUUUUAUGUUUUUUAUUUGUGAUUACAAUGUUUCCUAGACAAUAUUUGUCUUAAAACAACAAAUGUGAAGCUUGGUCGGUUUGGCGAUCAUUUUUGCCUGAACACCAAAUCCUGGUGCUGAGGUGUUUUGUUUUUAGUCUAAUAUAUCUAAAUCAGAAUUA